UGUGUUUUAAACUUUCCGCAAAUUGUCGAGACAGGAAUUAAAUCAGAAUUUGGAUUCGGACGUGCCUUGAUGCCUUCCUGCCUCGGAACGUGGCCUGCGAGGGCAGCAUUUAUAGAUUUCGGACGCAGCCUUUGUGGUUUUUUAAACUUCCGCAAAUUGUCGUUUAUGUAGUGAUUCCAGUCAAAGCUGCGCGCCACUUGCGCAGACCGAUUGAAAGCGAAAGCGUUCCUGCUCGCUCUCAGACUGCGCAGAGCCACGCCGCUCGCACUCCAGACGAUCCUGCACAGACAUCAGGAAAGAGAAACAAUACGCGCGCAGAGGAGUUGUUUUUCACUGCAGACGUGUCGAUAUCUCACACACACACACCUCACGAUCUGAGCUGAACUUCAGCCUCAGGCUCCUCGAAGCAGGUGAAGAGUCGCGAGAGAGAGAGACGAUGAUGAACACUCUGGGUUGAACGCUCUCCAGGACUCCCGCUGGAGUCUCGGUGCACUGGUUGCAGCAUGAGCGGCGGCGGGAAAGCCUCGCUCUGGCCCUCGCUGGGCAGCUUCCGGCCGCGCUCCGAGCGAGUGCUGCUGGCCCGCAGCGAGAGUGCCCCCGGAGAGCCGGUGCUGAAGAUCACCAUCACAGAGACCACGCUGAUCGAGGCCCAGGCCGGCGUCUGGAGCGCCAGGGCCCUCUCCUACCUGACGCUCUGGUACUUCUUCAGCUUCUGCACGCUCUUCCUCAACAAGUACAUCCUGUCUCUGCUGGAGGGAGAGCCCAGCAUGCUCGGUGCUGUCCAGAUGCUCUCCACCACCGUCAUCGGCUGUCUCAAGAUGUUUGUUCCUUGCCCCCUGUACAGUCACAAGUCCCGCGCCGAAAACCCGCCCAACUUCCUCAUGAUCAUGCUGUUUGUGGGACUGAUGAGGUUCACGACGGUGGUGCUGGGGCUGGUUAGUCUGAAGAACGUGGCCGUGUCGUUCGCUGAGACGGUCAAGAGCUCGGCGCCCAUCUUCACCGUCAUCAUGUCCCGCCUCAUACUGGGAGAAUACACAGGCUUCUGGGUGAAUCUGUCUCUGGUUCCGGUGAUGGCGGGUCUGGCUCUCUGCACCGCCACCGAGGUCAGCUUCAACAUGCUGGGCUUCUCCGCCGCUCUCUCCACCAACAUCAUGGACUGCUUGCAGAAUGUGUUUUCCAAGAAGCUGCUGAGUGGAGACAAGUACAAGCUGAGUCCUCCAGAGCUUCAGUUCUACACCAGCGCGGCGGCGGUCAUCAUGCUCGUCCCUGCCUGGGUCUUCCUGAUGGACCUGCCGCUGAUGGGGAAGAGCGAGCGCUCCUUCAGACUGUCUCAGGACAUCGUGCUGCUGCUGCUGUUCGACGGCGUGCUCUUCCACCUGCAGAGCGUCACCGCCUACGCUCUCAUGGGCCGCAUCUCCCCCGUCACCUUCAGUGUGGCGAGCACGGUGAAGCACGCUCUGUCCAUCUGGCUGAGCAUCAUCGUGUUCAGUAACCCCAUCACGCUGGUGUCCGCCGUCGGGACCCUCAUGGUGUUCCUGGGAGUCCUGCUCUACAACAAAGCCAAGCAGAUGCAGAGAGACUCUCUGAUGCAGCACGCUCUGGACCAGUCUGCCGAGUCCCAGCACAAACCCAUCGUCCAGGACGCAGACGCCGCCUCCGCCAAAUAACAGUCCUGCACUGAUGCAGUCAUCAAACCCUUCACAAUACAAGCCUUCUGCUGAGAGCUCGGUGGAUCGACAGCGGAUCAUGCCUUAUCUGACUGCCUAGAAUUCUGCCUCGUGAAAACUGAAAGAGACUCUUUAAGCAAACAGUCACUGCAGUUGUCUGUGGGACACAUGUAGACAACAAAAAUCUCCUUUGAGAGAGUGAGUGACUCUCACCAGCAAACAUCCAGCUCAUGUUUUACCCCACAAUAUUAAUAAAAAAAUAAGAAAUUAUAGUUUGCAUUAGGACAUUGUUUUAAUGAUUCUUUGAGAAUAAUGUCAGUGUUAGAAACAUCCUAAAUUAGGCUUUGUGCAACAUAAAAGUUAUGGCAUUUGAUAGGGAUAUUUUGCAAGGGCGCCAUUUCUGGUGAAGCUCAUUUCUUAACUGAACUCUCACAUUCCACUGCUUUUGACAAAAGGAGAACAAUCUAGUUUUUGUGUAUUUUCUGACUUUGUUCAUUCCACAUGCUGUGACCGCAGCAAAUCACAAUCUUCGUCCAGCCUGUGUUUUCUCUCAUAUGAUGAUGAUUUACUGUAAUCACGUGCAUCGCUGCAGAAACUGACAGCUUUGUUUGCCUUUCUUCACUGUGUUACUCAUCGUCUCACUCAUUUUGGAUCUGGUAUUUCUGAUUAUGUCCAGAUUAUCAAAUGACUUGAAGUUUCCCUGUGUUUUUAUUUUCUCUUUACUCUGUAUCUUCAAAGGUUUUUUCUUUCUUUCAUUUGUUCUCUUUAUAGUUUGUUUGUUUUCUCUCUGUGAAUGGUGUUUAAAUGAUAAAUGACAGAAACUGACUCAUCAAAUUUGUCAAAUGAAAUUAUGAAUCUUCUGACAACAUUUUUGCAAGGUUAAGGUUUUUUUUUUUUUUUAACUGUGGUGGGUCGUGUAUGUGAUACAUAAAAUUAUGUAUGUUUGUACAAUAACCACUAAUGGGAAUUGUCUGUAUAAUUUGGUCUUUAUUUGUGCAUUGGUAACAUUUUGAUUUAUAUGAAUUUUGCAUUUCUUUAUUAAAUGUAUACAGUGCAA